GUAAACUUGUUUCACCAGUCGGUACAUCAAUUAUGAAUCAACUGUAACCGGUUAAGAGAAUGUUCUGCCUCACAAAGAGCCCUCCCCGCGUACAUUCGUCUCAUCGAUUUUCAUGGUAAUUUUAUUGUCUCUUGGGUCGAACGUGUGUAUGAAGCACUGGAUCCAGUGUCAGUGUGAGGCAAGCAGUCGCGGGAAGCAGUACGGUGGGCGACGCGAGAGAACGAAAGGGAAUAAGAGCGUCAGCAGCGCCGUGGCAGUGGAAGGAUACACCAGGCGCUCUGUCUUCUCUUCUUAUCGGAGAUGCCGAGGAUUUCCUAAUAAUUUUUUUUCUUCUAUAAAAUGAGGAAUUAGUAUCAGGACUAACGAAAAAGUGGGAGGUGCCCCGUGAGUACGUACAAUGAGCACUCUGAUCGAGGACCCUGGCAUUCCUCUUGUCAACUCAAACGGCGGGUUCCCAAAGUACACAGAAGGAAGUAUGGACGAGGAGGACCCAGACAAGCCGCGUAAGAUGGAGAAACGGGGGCUACGGUUCGAGCACGUUGGGCACAGGCUUGCCAAACGUAAGGAACUUUUCUGUAAAAGGAGGAUAAUCUGUGAUUUCGCACUGGCGUUUGCCUUAUUCGGGAUAGGGUUGAUGGUGAUUGAGACUGAGAUGUACGCCAAUAAGGUAUACGGAAAGGAAGACCUGCCGUCUUUAAUGAUGAAGUCCUUUAUCUCUAUAUCCACGGUUAUAUUGUUAGGUUUCAUCGUCUGGUACCACUGGCUAGAUAUACAGUUAUUCAUGAUAGACAAUGGCAUGGAAGACUGGAAACUUGCUCUGACCACUGCGAGAUGUUUUAAGAUAACACUUGAACUCUUAAUCUGCGCAAUACACCCGAUUCCUGGCGACUUCGAAUUUUCGUGGACCACCAUGAACUUUUAUUCAAAGCGGGUCCGAACUGUUCAGAUCCCCAUCGAUGUGAUAUUCUCCCUGCCAAUGUUCUUGAGGUUGUACAUGGUCUGCAGGGCGAUCAUGCUGCACAGUAAGCUGUACACAGACGCCUCUUCGCAGAGUCUUGGCGCACUCAACAGAAUCAACUUCAAUUUUAGAUUCAUUUUCAAGUCUUACAUGACUCUCUACCCCGAAUACGUCCUCACUGUAAUCAUAGUGUCACUGUUUCUCCUGGCCAGCUGGGCGCUGAGAGCCUGUGAAAUGUACCACGAUAAGGUGCACGCCAAUUUCUUUAACUCGAUGUGGAUGAUCGCCAUCACCUUCUUGAGUGUAGGCUACGGAGAUAUCGUCCCGAACUCGUACUGCGGACGUGGGAUAGCUGUGAUGACCGGCAUCUUCGGAGCAGGCUGCACUGCACUCAUCGUUGCUGUCCUAGCGAGGAAACUGGAACUAUCAAGGGCAGAGAAGUAUGUACAUAAUUUUGUAAUUGACGUAGAAUUGGAUAAGAAACAGAAACACGCGGCGGCUAAUAUACUCAAACAAGGAUGGCUGAUCUAUAAAUGUAAGAAACGGGGAAAGAAGGGCGAGACGCAACUCCGUAAACACCAGAGGCGCCUCCUUAAGGCGAUUCACAGCAUAAGAGAGGUCAAGACGGAACAGCGCCGUCUGAUGGAUAACACUGUCAACAUCGUGGAAAUGAAUCGUACUCAAUCGUCGAUGCAUUACGAUAUUGGCAAAAUCAGUCAAAAACAGGACGAAGUUGACGAGAGACUGGGUGAAAUGGAAAGUACACUAAAAGGAAUGGACACAAAAAUCUCAGAGUUACACAAAAUGCUCAUGUCGAGGAUGCAGCAGCGCUGACCGUAAUCGUUUAACCUGUGACGUCGCCUGUUUGGAUUACUAAUCACAUGACCUGUGUGUCGCUUGCAUGGAUUAUAAUACAUUGUGUGACCCUGUGACGUCACUGUUUGGAUUAUACUACAAUCAUAUGACCAUAUCUUCCGGUUGUGAUAUUGGUAUUUAGAAUCAUGUAUAAUAUUAUAAAUUCAGGACGUUAAAUCGUGAAUGUGAAUGAUUGAUUAGUUUGUCCUAUAACGAUGGAUUAGUCUGGUCUGUAAUCAUGUACUCUUGUAGUGUCUUCCACCGUUGUUGACCACUAGGUGGCACUCUAUUUGUUAUUAUGACUCUUUCCACCGGAUGGCGCCAACAAGCUAGACCAUCUGCUGGUGAGAGUGAAAAUGACAGUGGCCAGUGCUAUCAUCACAAUCUAUUAUAGUUGACUCUACGUAUCCGCCAUUGUAACUUCGUUGUGUGAAGAAAAAUAUGGAGCUUAUAUCAAUUCAGGUAAAAAAAAAUGAUGUAAAAAAAGAAAUGUGAAUAAAAAAUCUGAAAAGUGACCGCGUGACCUGCCGUCUGUAAAAAUAAAUGUCAAAACCGCUUGGCCAAAGUGGCUUUGACCUUUUGUAACAAUGGUAACGUAUCAUGAUGUCCUUCCGACAUCAGUUUCAGUUAAUCGGAGUGCCGCCUGGUGGUGACAUUGGCCUAUACUACAAUGAUUCGGUCGUCUGUUAGUGGUUCUGUUUUAGCACCAUACUCAAUGCUCAUCGAAAACAUCGAAAACUUCUUUGUGGUUUUGUUCAACCCCAUAUAUCAGGGGUGUGUGACAUUCGCAUUCAAACAUUGGAGACAUUCAGUAGCGGAGGAACACAUGGAAUAUUGCACAGUGGACUCUGGGUUUUCCACCAUCUUGGACGCUGGAACAUCUGAUCUAUAUAUACAUGCUGAACUUCUUGAUUCUACGAUACUUAAGUAUGACGGUACCAUUUCUGAGAUUGUAACUUUUGGAUUGUUCUAACAGAAAAGUUGACUUGCGCGAUAAUGGUCUAUUUAGAGUCACUGUGAGAGUCGUGUUUCAGCUUCCUCCGAUCUAGGAAUGUCGACAAAGGGAACGCCAGCAGAAGAUCUCGUCUGCGCAGACUCUGUGCUGAAGUACCCGUAAUGUAUCUCCGUUUGUCACGUCUGUCUAUGUUAUGUAUCCUUAUACACGUGUGUGGCCAAACAGUUUGUUCGAGUGACGUCUUCAUUCUUCGAUAUCGGCGUAUCUAAGAUUCUACUGCGCGCAUUUAAAACAGAUAAAGCUAAUGACUGGAAGUAGUAUAUAGUAGAGCUCUUUUUCGACUUCUAAGCAGUUUCUCUAACUUUCUUGAUUUAUCCGACAAAACUCCGACAUUGUAGUUUUUCUCUGAAAAGUCGGAUUUCUAAAAAACCAGUGAAAAAAAGGAACAGUAUUUUUCUCAGGUUUUCUAGAAAUCCGACCUUUCAGGGAAAAAUUGGACAGCGUCGGACUUUUGUCGGAUAAAUCACGAAAAAAGAAUAAGAGAAACCAUUAAGAAGUCGGAAAAAGUCUCCUACUGGUGAUAUUUUGAAUUAGAAUUAUAGGUACGCCUGAUAUCAUGACAGUCUUGAAAAUCAUGUUUUUUGGCUAAUUUUGUUUCAACCAUGUUGCCAGCGUCAAAACAUUUAAUUUGCGGCCAUUGGUUUCGUAUCUUCCGUCAUACAAAAUUCCGGAGGCGAUCGGACACAAAUGUGUUCACGUUGCUGAAGACAUUUUCUAUCGCUCGUGAUGUACAGUAAGUUGCUCUUUUUGAAAUAUCGAUGGAAUUCAUCUUGGUUCAAUUUGGCUAUGACAUGUUGCAAACUUAGCGCUCGCAUAGUAGCAAAGGUUGUUUGAGCAACCAGGUUAGAAAACGAUUUUCAAGGUUGUUAUUCAUAUCGUUAUCUUACUGAAAUCUCAUAAGGUCACUCCUACGACCAAAUUCUUAAUUUGGCUGUUAACUUCUCUCACUACUUGCUUACCCUACAUUCUGGAUGAAAAGUCUUCUCUUACAUAAUUAUUACAGGGUGUAUCAUAAAAAAACGUGUGCUUUUAUUUGACGAAACAAUUAUCUGUGGUUGCCGAAGUUGUUGAAUUUUAGGCACAUGAUCGUCUACACGCACGGCUGUGUCGUUUGUGACCAGCAAUGUUUUUGCCAUAUCUUAUGUAAGGUAACUUUUUUUGACACCCUGUAGUUAGUUAUCACCCUCCAUGUCAGCAGGGCGAAGUGAACAAGAUAUUAUGAUUGUAUGGUAUUUUUAAUUGAGUGCCUCUGUAUGCUUCUAUGACGGUGUGACUAAGCAUACGUUGUGUAUUAUAAAGUUUACAACAAAUAGUUGUAUACAAUUCUGAGAGUUUUAUUUUCUAAAGUGCAUUGGAUUUUGGCCAACCAAAAUGGUGCCAUUUUGAAUUUGAAAAAAUCCUCUUUGAAAAUAUCUCUAAAUGAGUUAAAAAUGAUCAUCAGUUUGGGUUUAGCACUUCGCUAGUAUAGUUUAGUUACCUCCCAGUUCUACAUAAUUUGGCGGGCAGCUAUAUCCUACGAUCAUUAAUUUUGUUUAAUCAAAGAAAGGCCAAUUAUUUUUAGAUCUCUACCGAAUUUGUUGUUAUAAAUAAAAAAAUGGGGCAUUAUCAAAGGGUUAUCAACGGGUGUUUUAUAAGGUAAAAAAGCCGCAUUGACUGGGGAAAAUGACCAGACCUGUUUUUUUAUUUACAUCCAAAUAUUUUGACAAAUUAAAUUUAUCUUUCCGUCGAGUGCAAUAUAACCUCUUAAAGUGGGUUUGUCGUAAAUGGUGACAGAAAUUCUGCCCAUCCCCCUCAAACAUGUUUAUCGGUAUAAAAUAAACUAACGAACUAUCUGUUCACAUAAAAUGCCCUUCCUCGAGUGUAGACGCAAAUUCCCAGUCAAACAUAUUGUCAAAAUGCUCGCUGGUGUAUACGUAUCAGACGGCAUCUUGAAAAGAAGGUAUUUUCCUGUAAAAUCUUGACACAAAAUGAGUUUAAAUUUCACAAAAUUACGUUCGGACGAGCGACGGUUUCUCCGUGAGUUAUCAAAAUAUGUUCUCUUGUACUGCAUGUAGCCUUCAAGGCGACAACAAUUUCUGUAACGAUGUUUCCAUAAGUCUCCUUAAAACACGAAAAUGCCUUCCAGUCAUGAUGCGUAAUGACACGUCAUCAAGAAGGCUAAUUCAUUCCCCCUCCAACUUCAUUAACUGUACUUGUUAUGUUUUGUUCAGAUAAAAGGAUUAUAGCGAAGAA